AUGGGUGCUGAACAGUCGACAGCGUCUCAAGGAUAUGUACCACCAAAGGGACUCCAUGUCUUGCGAGUGACGCCGUCUUCACCGGCCUCAGAGACUGACAUCGAGUCUUACUUUGACUUUGUCGUCGGCUUCGAGGGCGAUUCACCGUCUCCCAAGGGACACCAUGACAUCGACGUGACCCAACUGGAAAAGAUCGUGGAAAGCCACGAAGGGAGGGUCCUAAAUCUUCUGGUCUGGAGUAGCAAGAGUCUGGUCCCCAUUGUUCCUUCACGAGAAUGGUCACAAUCUCAUCUCGACGCCACCGCCUCUAAAGAUACUUCUUCCAACGCACAACCAUCCCUGCUGGGUCUCAGUAUGCGAAUGUGUAACCCAGAAACCGCAACUGAAAAUGUCUGGCACGUUCUUGACGUUAUCGAAGGAAGCCCUGCAGAGAGUGCUGGUCUCGUUCCCAUGGGCGACUGGAUCUUAGGUUGGUCGGGAGGGGCUUUGAGCGCGGAAAACGAUUUCUAUGACCUAGUAGAAGCAUACGUCGAUAAACCACUUCGGGUAUAUGUGUAUUCUUACGAUUUUGACACAACGAGGGAAGUCGUUCUGAUACCCAAUCGUCAUUGGGGUGGCGAAGGCCUGUUGGGUUGUAUAUUUGGAUUCGGGUUGCUUCAUAGAAUCCCCCCGCAGCCAGAAGGCCGGGUGCCGGGAUCGGUGCCUCCAGAACUGUUAGAGGUCGACGAAGCUGAAUACGAGGAGCAAUCACUUUUCGUUCCAGCUGAUCUUCAAGCUGACCAGCACGACGAUCACUCAGCCCUCGGCUACGACGGACAUGGACCUCGCCCAUCUGAAAGCUACCCUACCCAAGCUCACCUCCUCGAGCACCUAUUCCCACACGCCCAGGCGCAUCCUAUGACUCGAAGCAAACCCGAAUUUCCGUCGGCUCUUUUAGCACACCUUGUCAAAACGAUCCCUGCUCCUCUCGAGAAGCACAUUUUGUCGUUCGACGCCAGGUCAGGUCACGACGUUGAUAUGUCCUACCACCGCCUCUAUGGUGGCUUCGCCAAAUGGCUGCACGAUCUGCUUAUUUUUCCGGCGAUGCCUUCUGCCUCCGAGCAAAUGCUCGGUAUCCUCCCAGGACCUUUUCUCAGGGGAGACCGCUUCUAGGUUCAGAUUUUCUCAUCGAUUUUCAUUCUUUUACUUAUUUUAAUAUGAAU